AUGGGUUCAAGUCGCUCCCAUUCUUGUGGCAACUUCUUAGUUGAAUUGGCUCUAAUCUUGCUGACUGUAAAGCUGACCAGUGCAGUGCUGUUCUUUCCACGUGGCUCUUCAAUAGGAUUGUUGACCGCAGUUGCCAUACCAUUGGAUCUGACAUAUCGCAAUGUGUAUAUGGCCUUCAACUUUGAGUCCAACUACGGCUUGCCAACAAAUAACUCCGUUAAUGAGUGGAUCGAUAGGUGGGAUCUCGAUGAGCAAUUUCUGGGCAUUGGGAGCAAUGUGACGCCCAUCGAUGGACGCAAUCUGGAGAAACGUGCGAUUUCACGUCACGACUUCUAUCGCGCGAUUGUUAACUAUUUGGGUCAGUAUGGCUACAAUGGCAGCGCCUGUUUGCUGCGCACUAUCUGCGAGGUGAGCGCAGCUCCGCUGGAUGCCGACAACGGCGUAUGGGGCAGCAUAUUCAAAAUACUCUUCAUGCCAACGACAAGCGCCGCCGAGUUGCGGCUCCAGCACGUGGACAGCCUCUACGAUGCUUCACAUUUUGGCACGCGCGGAAUGGACUCGGACUGUGCUGAUUACGUGGCUGGUUGUGCGCACAGCAUGCUGGACAUGAUAAGCGUUCUGCUUUGA